GAGCAGCGAGAAGAACGAGGGACUGUGUCGGUGAGACGCGGAAGCCCGGGGACACUGGAUGCGUAACGAUGCGAGCUCCACAGCGGCGCGCCAAAUGGUGACGUUUUUCUUUUUUUUAUAUUGUCUGCGAUGCAUCAGAUCAAGAUGAUGACUGCGCAGGGGUUCCUCCGCUGAUCAUGCACAAACAAGGGCGUCUGUUACAAUGAUGAAGGCUUCUUCCCCUUUUUUUUGUUUUUGAACACGGGCCACCCACUGAAGAAUCGCUGCAGCGCGGCGGCGCGCCAUGGACAACUUAAACGCCCGUCUCAUCCAUCCCCACGAAGAGCAUUGCGCAGUGCAGUGAAAACGGGGAAAUCGCGUUGUGGAUUUCCACAUAUAAGGGGGGGUGAGUAUAUUACCUAAUGAGCUGCUGCUAUUCAUCUGGGUAUCCAAGUCCAACCCCGUACAGGCUGCAGACAUCCCCCCCCGCAGAGUGCCGGUGCACGGUCAAUGUAAGGAGCUUUGUCCAGUGGUGAGAGCCACACUCUCCUCGGGCACAGAUGAGAGGCAAACAAUACCAUCAAGCACUGAAGUUGACAGCGCCCUGGGAGAAGGAUGCUGGCUUUGGGAGGAAGCUUAAAACCUACAGGAAUCAUACCAAGAUAAUAGCGCAGCCUGGGAUCGUGAUGAAAGUCCUCCGCAGGAAGAGGAUUGUGUUAUUUAUGGCCUACUUCUUGCUGCUGGUCCUCACUAUGCUGAACUUGGCUAAUUAUAAAUGGACUAAGGAGCCUCAGCAGUGUAAUCAUCAGAUGAGGAGCACCACUUAUCAGAGCAGAUCUGACAUUCGCUUCCUGUACAGGCCCUCUUUGGCUAAAAAGAGACAGCUCAUCUACGUUCUGACCACAUGGAGGUCGGGCUCGUCCUUUUUCGGGGAGCUUUUUAACCAAAACCCUGAAGUGUUCUUCUUGUAUGAGCCCAUGUGGCACAUCUGGCAGAAACUGUACCCAGGUGACGCAGUGUCUUUACAAGGGGCAGCCAGGGACAUGCUUAGCUCCUUAUACCGCUGCGAUCUGUCUGUUUUCCAACUUUACAACAGCCCCGGGGGCAAGAAUUUUACCUCCCUGGGACUAUUUGGGGCCACCCUCAAUAAAGUGGUGUGCUCCUUUCCCCUCUGCUCGGCCUACAGGAAAGAGGUGGUGGGGAUGGUGGAUGAUAAGGUGUGUAAAAAGUGCCCCCCUCAAAGCCUUAGACUGUUGGAAGAGGAGUGCCUAAAAUAUAGCACCAUAGUCAUUAAAGGGGUACGCAUUUUGGACGUUAACGUGUUGGCCCCACUCAUGGAGGAUCCAUCGCUGGAUUUGAAGGUGAUACACCUGGUCAGGGACCCACGGGCAGUGGCCAACUCCAGGAUCAAGUCCAGACACGGCCUCAUAAGGGAGAACUUACAGGUGGUCCGCAGCAGGGAUCCUAAACUUCGCCGGAUACCUUUUGUGGAUCCUGGUCACAAAGCCAACAAGAAGGAUGGUGCAGACUACCACUCCAUAGGAGCCAUGGAGGUGAUCUGUGACCGCACCUCCAGGACUUUGAGGACUGCCUUAAACCCACCCAGCUGGCUGAAGGGAAAGUACAUGGCGGUGCGUUACGAGGACCUGGUGGAGAACCCAGUCAAGACCUUGCGGAACAUCUACCGCUUUGCCAACCUCACCACCAACCAUGACAUCGAGUCGUUUGCACUGAACAUGACCAGCGGCUCCAGCUCCUCCUCUAAGCCAUUCAUAGUCUCGUCCAGGAAUGCCACACAAGCUGCUAGUGCAUGGAGAACAGUGCUCAGCAUUCAGCAGAUCAAACAAGUGGAGGACUACUGUCACCAUGCCAUGUCUGUUCUGGGGUACGACAGAGUCAGAACAGCCGGGGAGGCCAAGGACUUAAGCAAAUCGCUACUGACACACUCCAAACUGUGAAAGCCUACUCUCCACCAAAGACCUUUUAAUUUAAUGUUAUUUUUUUGCAUCGAGUGCCGUUUCCUCUUAUUGUGGAAUUAAAGCUUUACUUUAAACUCAGUGUUCGAGGAGCUCCACUGGCCACAUUUGGAAUGUAUCAUGUUUCUCUCUCUGCUGUGGUAUUUGAAGGGACCACUUCUUUUAUACUGGGAUAUGGGAUGUAUUUCCAAGAUAUAAGGCCUGUGAACAGUGACUUAAUAAGUGAAGCUGCAUCAAUGAGAAAAAAAACCCAACAACAACUGUAUAAUUCAUGUAUCUUGUUAUGAUGACACUUCAAAGUGAAUAUUUUGAGGUUAUUUUUGAAUGUUCAAAACCUUACAAAAAAUCUGUUUUUUUCCAGUCUCCAUACUGUCUGUAAAAGUGAAAAUAGUUGAUGACAGAAAAACAGAAGAACUGAUAAAAAAAAAAAAAAAAAAAGAUCAUUGCUAAUGUUUAUUUGUAAGAUCUGGUUGAAGUCAGAGACAAUCAAUACAUUGGUUUGUUGAUGUGCCAUAGGUAGAGGUGUGAUGACUAGGCUACAUCAGAACAGCAGUAGUGCUAUUUCUAGUUUGAAAAAAAGAGGAUGUUUUGAUUUCUGUCACCAAAUCCUUGUAGGAUGAUAUCAUGCACUGUGGACAAUGUCAUUGCUCUGGAGCUGGAACGUCUCGCUCAGUGUCGGUGUAAGCGGUCUGUUCUACCAUUUCAAAUGUUUACAAAUGCUUGCUCUUAUAAAAAAAAACACAUGAUCUGGGAUUAUUGCAUUGAGUAAAGUUCACAGUUAACAAGACGGUUCACGCAUCUCUGUUGAAGAACCCACACUGCUUGCUCUACAGUACACUUCAAAAUCCGGAUCCUGAUUCUUGCUGACAUUCAGAGUUUCUCAGCUAAACACAUCAUGUGUAUCCUUGAGCUCUAAGAAACGUGUUGAGUGCAUUUCCUUCCUCAUAAAACAAUUGAAAAGCAAGUAUGAAACCUGCAUUGUUAACAUCAAGGUUUACCUCCUUGCGGUUUUCCUCUUCCCUGCCUUUGCUGGCACAUUAAUGUGUUUCUUGGUGAUUAGUGGAAUACUUUGAAAUGAUCAGAAAUGUUUGUACUGUCAUCCACAUGUCUGUCAGUCCUGAGAACAAACAAAGCAGGGACCCACGCUUAAAAAUGACUCUAUAAUGAUACUGUAUUAGUAGUCAAACACUCUUCAGGGUACCUUUAAGUAUGCAUCAUAAAACUGUUAUUCAUUAUAGUCAGAAAAACUGUAUUCAUUAGUUGGAAGGAGUAAUUGUUAUAGUUACUGUAGAACUUCGACUUCAAUUUUCUUUACAACACAGCGUUAUGGAUGUCAGAGAAUUGGCUAAAAGGGGAAAUACACUAAUAUCAAAUCAUUUGAAUGCAAAGGGGGACUUAAUGAAAACCACUACAAAGCUGAAUUUCCACUUUAACGCCAUCAAGAUUGUGCUAUGAUUUGCUGAGGUCUAGAGAUUUGAUCGCACUUUAGUAAAACAGCUCGGUAAAAUUUGCUUCGUGAUGCUCAAAAAGACCAAAAAAUGACACUUGAAAAGCUCAACAAGCGGCGUCUUUCAUUUCUCAACAAGGUUACACAGAAACGUUGGAAGCCCUGGUGAGCACUUUCUUCCCCUUGC